AUGGGUGUUCCUAAUUUCUAUUCAUGGUUAAUGAGAAGGUAUCCUCUAUGUCUAUAUGAACACACUCGAGCAUAGAGAGUGGAUUAUUUUUAUCUAGAUAUGAACCAAAUCAUUUAUAAGUGUGCAACUGAUCCCACCGUAUUAUUCAAGGAUCAAUUGAGGGAAAGGGAUUUUGAUGAUGUUUGGGUUUCAAUCAUAAACUACUUGGAUAUGAUUAUUAAUUUGGUUAAUCCUCAGCAAUUACUAUUUUUGGCUUUUGAUGGAGUUGCACCACGUGCUAAAAUGAAUUAAUAGCGUCAAAGACGGUUUCAAUCAUAGAAGAGAUAUAAGUAUUUAAGUGCUCAUCUUCAAUAAAUUGGUUUGUUUCAAAAGAAUGAAACCUAUAAAAACAAUCAAUUCAGUCCUGGUACUGAAUUCAUGACUCAAUUGUAUUCAUAUUCAAAUAUUAAGAAAUCAAUAGAUUAAAUUUUACAUUGAGAGAAAAUAUUCUGAAGAUCCCAAAUUCAAGAAUCUCAAAAUCAUUUUCUCUGGAUGUGAUGUACCAGGAGAAGGAGAACAUAAACUUCUUAGUUUCAUUCGUAAUAUGCAAUUCGAUCCCAAUAGUGUUCAUAUGAUUUACGGUGCUGAUGCGGACUUAAUUAUGUUAGGUUUGCUUACUUAGUUGAAGAAUGUUCUCAUUAUUAGAGAAGAUCUGAAAUUCAAAUAAACAGCUAGUGCAGCUGCAAACAGAGUCAUCAAGAUUCCAGAAUUUCUAGUCAUCAACAUCUCUAUUGUAAGAGAAUACUUGGAUUUGGAAUUUGCAGUGUUAAAGGAUAAAAUGAAGGUUGCUUAUGACAUCCAUCGCAUUAUUGAUGAUUUUAUUUUGCUCUGCUUCUUUGUUGGUAAUGAUUUUCUACCCAGAAUCUAUUGUUUCGAUAUCCGAAUAGGAACCAUUGAACCUCUUGUUGACUUAUUCAAAAAACAUCUAACAAUGGCCAAUGAUUACAUAGUUCAAAGAGGAGAUAUCAAUUACAAAGAAUUGUUAAAUCUUCUUGAACUCCUGUAAGGAUUUGAAAAAUUGUGCAUUAAUGAUAGACAACAAGAGAUGCUCAAUUAUUUAAACACCAGAAGUGAGAACAAGUAAAUGAUCACGAAGGAGAAGGAAUUGAUCGAUAAUAUUUUGAAAUACUUCUCGCUCCAAGAAUAGACUGAGGGAAGAAAGUUUUAUUAUAAAGCCAAAUGUUAAAUUGCACAAGGUGAUGAUUUAGAUCUUGAGAAACUGGAAGAUAUGUGCAUUAAUUAUAUGGAAGGAAUUUACUUUGUUUUAUAGUAUUAUUUCAAAGGAGUACCUUCAUGGGAGUGGUACUAUCAAUAUUAUUAUGCUCCUCUGUGUGGAGACAUUGUGGGAGUCGUAUCACAUAUAGUACAACAAUUAUCAGAUCAGGAAUAGCCAAUAAUAUUUACAAAGGGCAAACCAUACCCACCCUUUAAACAACUUCUGAGUAUCUUAACUCCAGAAAAUGCUAUGUUGUUGCCUGAACCAUAUGGUAGGCUGUUAACAGACAAGGAGAAUUCCAUCCUCAGGACUCCUAUUGACUAUUAUCCUGAAAAUUUUGAAACUGAUUCAUAUGGUACAAUGUAUGAACAUCAACAUAUUACAAAAAUUCCUUUUUUGGAUUGCAACCUUGUUGAGUAAGCAUAUAAUUCAAUCCCUGAUACACAUGAUUCAAGAAAUGAAGAGGCUCUUUCAAUUUUCUAUCAAUAUGAUUCAAACCAAUAAUAAAUCUACGAGUCUACACUUCCCAAACUUUUCAGCAAUUUCAAAUCAUGUUGUAAGAAGUAGUUCAUUGACAUUGAGGAUAAAGAAUAGUUCUAAAUUGCUUAUGGACAAUAAUAAAUACUUGAGCAAUAAGAGGACUCGUUCUAAAUUCCCUCAUUAAAAGUAGUGAGCAUUAGGUCAUCAAAAUUGAUAAACAUACAAUAACAUGAAGAUGACAUUAAGAAGUUUGAGAAUUAAUUCUUAUUGAUAGAAUUACAAUCAACUAAAUUUGAGUUUGAUUAAUUCAUUUAGGAUGUGAUCAAAAAUAAGAAUUUCGUCUAUUGUGGAUUCCCUAUCCAAUAACAAUGUGAGGUAAUGGCAAUUCUGAGACCUGAUCAUCUAAACCUACUGGAAGGAGUUAAACUCUAAUCCAUUCAGUUGCUUAAAGACUACAGCAAAAAGGAUCAUAACAAGAUCUAUAAGGAAAUAAGGAACAAAACCUUAAAUUAAUAUGAGAAAUGCAUGAAAUUAGAUUGCUCAACAUUUUUGAUUGUCAAACAAUACAAACAUUACCUCAGAGAUAAUAAUAAUCAAUUGAGUUACCCAUAAGAACAAUACAGAGAAUUAGUGUACCCCUUUGAGUUUGUGUUUCCAGAUCAGAAGGUUAAGUUCAACGUUCCCAACUUCGAAGAUUUUCAAAUUGAUAGAUCAGUUGUGAUAUUCCACGAAAAGAAAAAUGGAGCAACAGGAACCAUCAAAUAAAUUGAUAAAAAAUUAACUGUUCAAAUUACAGCAUAUCCAACUCUAUUGGGAUAUGAUUAUAUUCACUCCGACAUCUAUUACUCUUUGCAAAUUGUUAGCGAGAAACUUCAAUGUUCAGUUAAAACAUUGUUGAAUUUACUUGGCAGUGUUGUUGUGAAUAUGGAAGACAAGGAAUCAAAGAUUGCUGACCAAUUAGAUAUUGGAUUGAAUAUCAUCAAUAGAACUAACAAUCAAUUAGUGCCUGAACUAGUUCGAUUGCCUUAGGCUGAUUAAUAUGCAACCGGAUCAUCAAAGUACCAAAAAUUCUUAGAUCUAGAACUCUCUGAAAAGUGUGUUACAAUUCUAUGCAAAUACAGAAAUCAAUGUGCACGAGUCUAGUAAUAUUUGAACUCAUUGAAUGAUAAUCAAAGAAACUGUCCAAUCAAUGCUAAGGAUCUAUUUCCUAAUUCAAUUGACCCUAACAUCGAUCUGCUUAAGAUAUAUAUAUGGAUUCUGUAAUUGCCUGAAUCUUAGUAUUUAUUAUAGGGCAGUUCCUCAAAAGUGGCUUAAAUCAAAAUCCAUAAAAAACCCAUCCUCAAUAACAACAUCAAUACCACAAAAAAAGUAGAUCCAGGUUACGCUGUGUAAUAAACCACACAAACUUUCCUCCCACCCUUCUUUAUCAAACACCCCACAAUACAUAAAAUUGGAGAUAGAGUCGUGAACUUAAAUUAUCCCUUUGGAAUCUAUGGCACUGUGGUUGGAUUGUUGGAAUAAAAAGAGAUUAUGGUUUAAGUCUUAUGGGAUCAGAAGUAUAUUGGGUUCACCAAUCUUGGUGGAAGAUAUGACCUAUUGUCUUGUUCAACCUGUAAGUUUACAGAAAUCUUUAAUCUGUCUAAUGAAGAUUGGAGAAUGAACCUUGCUAAGAAAGGAUGUCAUUAAGGGGAAUUUUGGGAUUUAUGGACAAAAGUGUAUAAACCUGACUUUAAAUCAAGGGCAAUUGAAUUCAAUGACCAAUUAAAAGAAUAAAAUCCAUUCAAGUAAUUAGUUGAAUUACCAGUUGAAGUAAAACCCAAAGUCGUAGUAAAGGAUAAAGAGGCUCCUCAAGGGUUAGAAUUACUCUAAAAACUAGCCCAAGAACAACCCAGCUUAAUCACAAAUUAGCCUUUGUAAGGAAUCAAGGAGGAACAAAUUGAGCAGAAUGAGGAUGAGGCUUAGAAAGAAAUCAAAAAGCUGUUUUAAUUGUAUUAACUAAAAGAUUAACAAUCCCAAGUGGAAUAACAAAACAAAUCAUAGAGAUAAAGUGAUGAAGAAGGUUCAAAGGUGUUGCCUUAAUAGGUAGAAGAGAAUGAUGACAAAUAGCAGCCCUAAUCACAGAUCAAACAAUAAGUUUAAACGUAAUAAAUCAAAAAAGUAUUAACUAAAAAAAAAGAUUAAUAAUAAUAAUAAUGA